CAGGAGGUGUUCUGGAAAGGGGGGCGUUAGGGAGAGGUUCCCGGAAAGGGGGCGUCAGAUAGUGACAUUCACAGCCUGGGGUGCCUGGUGUAUCAUCUGAGCUUUCAGUUUGCGUGGCAGUGCUGUUCCGGGGGGAAAACCGUGGAUUAUCGUGUUUUAACCAAUUGGCUUGAUUUGGACAUCUGCCAUCAUUUCUCACGACUGGUCGGAUCAUUAUAAUCCCUAUGUUGCUCUGGCAUAGUGGUGGCACACCGUAUUGGAAUAUGGUUGUCUCUCAGCUCUGAGAAUGGAGGGAAGUAGUAAAAAGAUUGUACAGAACUUUGUAUGUCAAAAACUGUCCCAAAGAGGAUUCCAGUGGAACUGUUGUAGUGACUUACGAUCCGAACUUAUAUCUAAUGGGACAUCUCCUGGAGAAGUGGCCGAAGCCCACCCUGCAGGCCAUUCCCAAAGUGCAGUAGGAGAAGGUGUGCUACAAGCUCUGUUGGAGGCAACAGUGGAAUUUGAGCUGAGAUACCAACGUGCUUUUAAAGACCUGACCGCCCAAUUGCACAUCACCCCUGAGACGGCUUAUCAGAGUUUCGAGCAGGUGGUGGGAGAGCUAUUUAGAGAUAACAUAAACUGGGGGCGCAUUGUGGCAUUCUUCUCAUUUGGAGGAUCCCUGUGUGUUGAAUGUGCUGACAAGGAAAUGGAUGAGCUGCUGCCCAGGGUUGUGCAGUGGAUGACAACGUAUCUGGACAAUCAGCUGCAUACCUGGAUCCGGGCAAACGGAGGCUGGGACGAUUUUGUGCGUCUUUACGGCAAUGAUGCUGCUGCCAACAGCAGGAAGAGUCAGGAACGCUUUGGGCGAUGGCUGAUUACCGGAUUCAUGCUGACUGGUGUUAUCCUGUUAGCUUCCUAUUUGAGCCGCAGAUAGGCCCCCCCACUAACUGGAUGUGGAGGAACAGGAAAGUGCACGGCCAAGAGGUCCUGGAUCCCACGUGACGGGGACCGUUGCAAGCUUGCCUACCCCACAGCAUCAAACCGUAGUCCUGGCACGCUUGUGGGGGUGAACAAGAUACCCUGUCUCGUGAAUCAGUAAUGGGCAUGUGAUGGAGCUUUAGUGAGUUUUAAAAUAUUGUUAGACAUGUUCAAUUUAGGCCUUUUAUCUCUGUUUUACUGGCUGGAGGGUUACUUUUUAUGUGAAUAAAUAGCUUUUUUUCUGUUACA